AUGAACGUCGACCAUCCAAGCCGUGAGAUUUUUAAGCACGUUCAGCCAGGGGACGAAUGGAAACUGGAACAGGGAUUAGCACCUGCUGAACUUCCUCUCAUCGAUCAGACUGCCAAAGGGCAAGCCAGUCGUCCAACCAAGACCGUCGACGAUGUCGACAGCAGCAGCGAAGAUGAUGCCGCCAAAGCCGAUGACAUUGCUGCCGAGGAAGACCCAGACGUGUUGUUUGCUGAAGAACGUGAAGGAUGGCACGGAUACAUCGAAUGGGAACAAUACCCCGAAAAGAAAGCCAAGGCCAACAAGAUCAUGUUGUCCAACGAAUUUCCUCCCCCACCAGAAUUCCAACUUGGACCUAUUCCCGACACCAACCCGGUUCUCGAAGGCGUGCGGUGGAAAGCAUGGCACAAAGCCAUCGGCGGACCCUUGACCUCUGUACCAGAAGAGUCCUGGCUACGAGUCAUCCAAGAAAAGCACCCUGAUAUGCUUCACCUGCUUCAAUUCCCCUACAACGGCGAACCACCCAAGCGACUCGUGACAGCCAAACCCGUCACACCCACUCCCUUACAUUUCAUCCGUAACCAUGGCGGAAUCCCCGACAUCGAAGCCGAUAAAUAUUUCCUCCAACUCGACGGCCUGGUCAAGAAUCCACGUAGCUUCACCCUCGCCGAUCUUCAAGACGAGUCCAAGUUCCCACGCAUGGAAAAACUCGUCACGAUUCAAUGUUCGGGGACACGUCGGAUCGAACAGAUCCAGCUCUACGCCGGCGAAGGCGACGAAAUGAUCAACGCACCAUGGGCCGAAGGCGCCAUCGGCACGGCGCGGUAUGUCGGCGUAUCACUCAAGAAAGUCAUCAAAGCAUGCGGCGGCAUGACCGACGACGGCAAACACCUGGAAUUCCACGGCGCGGACACCUACUUCAAACAAAACGAAGUCAUGAACUACCUCGUCUCGGUGCCCUGGUCCAAAGUCAAAGCCAACGAAGUGAUGCUCGCGUGGGAAAUGAACGGCGAACCCCUCCCGAAAAUCCACGGAUUCCCUCUCCGCGUCGUCGUCAUGGGCUAUAUCGGCGCCCGGUCGGUGAAAUGGCUGUACCGCGUGCGCGCACUUGCUAAACCCACCCGCGCACCCGUGCAAAGUAAGGAAUACCUCUACUUCAACCAACAGGUCGGUAAACACAAUCAAAACCCGACCUUGGGGAUUCAAAUCCAAGAAAUGCCCGUCUCCAGCGCCAUCAUGGCUCCCUGGAAUAAACAGGUCGUCGUGCACGAAGGAUCCAUCGACGUCAAGGGCUGGGCUUAUAGUGGUGGUGGACGCUGGCCUGAACGAGUCGAAGUCUCUGCCGACGGCGGGUUUUCCUGGUACGCGGUCCCGAAUGAAAAUUUAUCCACGAAACAUAAAUUCGCCUGGCGAACGUGGGAAUUCUCGGUCCCCGUGGAUGUCGAGGGUUGGAUUGAGUUGGUGGUGAGGUGUUGGGAUAAUUCGUUGAAUACCCAGCCGUUGGAUGUGAGGAGUGCGUGGAACUGGGGUCUACAUGUCACGAGCUCGUGUCAUCGCGUCAAGGUCUAUUCGGUGAAUAAGUCCAAGACCUUGACGGCGAAGCGGUUGAAGGAUUUUGAAGAUAGGGGGUUGAGUCUGGUGCCGAUUACCAGACCAACGGAGUUUCCUCAGGUGUCGUGGGAGGAGUAUGAGGAGUUUUGGGAUACUCAUGAUCCAAGGGAUGUGGAUGAUUGAUUGAUGGACUCGCUAAUUGAGGACAAUAGGUAUCUCGACCCAGUUGGUGCUUUCUUUUGAUCUAUCUAGUCUGGUUUGGACAUGGUCUGAAGUAUCUCUCCCUGGCAACCCACCAACUCUUCCG